AUGACCAAGUUGGCCGACCCUCGUCUCAUCAUCGUGAUCAACAUACUCAUCGUUUCCUGGUUGGGUUGUUGGCAAAUCAGUUCGCGCCUCUUGCAGGUGGCUCCCAGAGCUGCAGAUGCUACUUUGGAUGAUUCCUUGGACUAUGACGCUGGGAAUGUGACAAUGACAAUUCGCGUCGGCAACGAGACAGUCGACCAGAAUGAUCCAUUGUCGCUUUUGGUACAAGCUAACAUCAGUGCGAGUAGUACUGAGCCUCCAACUCCAGUCACCAUUACCACAAACCUUCCUGCUUGGAUGCAGGAAUAUGCCACAUGGCAUCAAGAAACAAGGGCUCAGCUGAAUGAGACCAACUGGAAUACACAUUAUCGCUAUCUAGUCAUGGUGGCUCGACGAGGAGAACAAGCCGGAGGAUUGACGGAUCGAUUGAAACCACUGCCAUUCUUUCUGAAAGUGGCCGCCAGAACCAAUCGAAUCUUGUUGAUUUAUUGGAACAAACCUUUGCUUGGAGCAUUAUCUGUUGCCCCAGAAGGUGGAUUGGAUUGGCGUGUACCCCAUUACAUGACGGGUUCCGUCUUAUCCAACAAGGCUCGUGGAAGAAAACAAGACAUUGUUCGACUGGCCAAUGCAACUGGUUCUGGAAUGCAAGUCAUGAUCUGUGAGAUGCAAGCCAAUGACUAUGGGCAAGAGUGGUACGAUGACAAUCCACUGCCAGGGGAUGAACAGCAUGCAAGGCUCGGCAUGUUUCGACACAUGUGGCACUGGGCAUUCACUCCUGCUCCACCUAUUGCACAGCGUGUCAAGGACAAUUUUGACAGACUGGGGAUUGUUCCGGGGGAAUAUGCUGCAGCUCAUAUCCGUGCUGUGUAUGCCGUCAAGGAACGAUCCGAGAAGGAAAUGACAACCAUGACACACCAUGCUAUGAAUUGUAUUUCGAUGUUGCGGCCUGGUGGGCCAUUCUUUGUGGCUUCCGACACUGCCUUUGCCGUCAAGACAGCCAUUGAGUAUGGACGCAGCAAAAAUGUCACAGUUGUGGCUACAACCAGCAAUGGAGCCUACCAGAAACAACCGCUUCAUUUGGACAUGUAUGAUGCCAAAGACCCCUCACUGGUACCAGAGGACUUUUACGAUGCAUUUGUGGAUUUGUACCUUUUGGGAAGUACUCGAUGUGUGGCGCAUGGCCAAGGUAGUUUUGGUCAUUGGGGGUAUCUGUUGGGUUACAAUUCGACCUGUGAGAUUCGACAUCGCCGGGGACCCAAGUGUUUUUGGACUCCGGCCAAGACAACAACAAACCAGACCGACAGUCAGCCGGCAAGAGAUCCACCAUUGGCGCGCCCGCUGUUCCGACCACCCAUAUCGUAUGAUUCCAUCUACUCACUGUAUGCAUAGUUGCUUGAUUCUUUUUCCCAUGUCAUUUCUUGUUGACUAGACCCUUUCUCGUUUCAAUCAACCUACACAAUACUAAAAUGUUCUUGUUCAAUUAUUGAUGGCCAUGACAGUAUGCGGCAGAGGCCACUGGACCAUUUUGGUUUACCCAGCCCAGCACGACUGCUGUGUUUGCUGCCGUUGACCUGCACUCCAACAUGCAACUACUUUGAGAUCCUUAAUUUCAUUUGGCCGUGACACUUGAUACCAGAAGUUAUUAAUGCACUGUGACCAUAGAUUCGUCUGACUGGUCUUUACAAGGAAGUCACUGUUCGAGUUGGACUAAACGUUUAGGUCGGCACUGGAAGCUUUGUGCCUAUAGGUGUGGGCAGAAGGAUUUGCAAGAGGC